AUGACAUCAAAUAUUCUAGUUGAUCAACAGAAAUUGAUGAUUGAUGAAAAUGAGAAUCCUCCUCCAUAUCAAAAUGCAACUAACCUUGGUACAGAUUCAUAUGGAACAUUUAUAGGUCAUGUUGGAGGGACAGUACCUACUACAACAAGUGCCUCAUCUUAUCCAUAUGCAUUAGGUUAUCAACCACCUACAGUUAUUGUUCUUGGCGGUUGUCCAGCUUGCAAAGUUGGCAUGUUAGAAACUGAUUUUACAUGCUUAGGUGUUUGUUGUGCAAUCUUCCUUUUUCCAAUUGGUAUUCUUUGUUGUUUAGCAAUGCGACGACGUCGCUGUCAAUUUUGUGGAGCUAUUUUUGAUUGA